CUCAAUGAAUUACCCUGGCCCUGAGGACCAUCCCCUUACAGUGUGGGCACAGUCAAGUCAAUCUCCAGACUUGCCCCAUCUAUGAGGGAUUGAACUGUAUGGACAUGUUGCCACCACAAAGCUUCGAGACCGGCGAUCCUCCCAGAGACGUUAGCAUCCAGCGAUUUGGAUGCGGUCCUCAGCUAUGGACAGAGUGGAGGGCGAGAAAGCCAAGCCUUCGAGAUCAUGAAUCCAGGCGACGUGCCUGCCAAGAUCUCAGUCGCGCGUCGUCCAGGACCGGCGGAGCGGCUCCGCCCGUCCCCCACCUUCGUCGGUCUGACGCUCCGGGUUCCGGUAUCGUGUCACCGGAGGAGGCCUCGGCGGGGAGCCGAGACGAGAGGGAAGGCGCCCAGAGCGCGGACGAGGUCGUGACUGACCGCUACCGACCGUUCCACUCGGCACAGACCGUGAGGAGUCACCACGGCCGCGAAGAUCGUCACCGUGCGAUGAGGAUCUCCGGUGUCCCUCGUGGCUUAAUAUGUCUAAAAUUGAACUGUUUACCUUCCCGCUCCAAUGCGCCGUGUGGCUCUGGAAUUUGUUUGCGCGUGACAAUGUCCGUCUCCCACCGUAGCCCGCGAUGGGCAACGGUGUGGCUGUCGAUCCAUUGUUUUGUAUUCUCUCAAGUGCCGUGUCUCGUCUCAUUUUAUGCCGUCGAGUCGUCUGUGCAUCCCCCAGCGGCGCCACGGACGCAUCUCUCCCAGAACGCCCCACCUUCAUCUGCGUUGAUUCCGGUAGCAUAUCCGUGGAGUUUUCUCGGUAGUAAAUAGGGAAGAGGUUUACCGUCACCUCCUUCCGCACGAUAAACUCGAGUCUCUGCUUUCGACGCUCUGCCUUGCUGCCCGGCUCGGGGGAGUUAUGACGU